AUGGUAAGUGUUUAUUUACCAUGUAUUUUGACCAGAUGUUUUCGUCACAUUACUGCAUGCUGCAUGUUUUUACUGGCACAGUAUUUUCGUAAGCCACCUAAUAUUAUAGAGCCAAACAGUCCUAAAACAUUGUACUUCAGCUCUAACAGUAAUGUUGAGAUCAAGUGCAGGGCUGAAGGUGUGCCAACACCGACGUACAAAUGGACCAGGAAUGGGAAUCCGAUCACUGUAGACAACUUGGUGCAGUAUGAUUCAAGUUCUGGUUCACUGAAAAUUCCAGAUUUUACCAAACGUGAAGAAGGCACUUACAUGUGCAUUGCUAGCAAUGUAUUUGACAAUGAAGGUGGAAGAGUAACGGCUGCCAGUUUUGCUCCACCAGUCAAGAUAUUUCAAACACGGGUUGAGAAGUUUAUUGAUGCGCCUGAAACAAGGCAGCAGGUGACAGAGUAUAAUUAUGCAGUGCUGCCUUGUGCCAAUAAAGGUGAGGUAGUUGGCUCUGAUAUUAACACAAACUGGUAUGAAAGUGAGAAGUCCAAAGAUGUCAGCAUGGAUUCAGGUCGUCUCUUCAUUGAUCAGGAAGGCAAUCUUCACUUCUCCUUCGCACGGAUCUCAGAUGCCACUGUGGGCUUCAUAUAUUUGUGUGGUAUCUCAAGUACAAGUGACAAGCUCAUCCGACUCGGCAAUGCUAAUAUCCUCAGUGUUAUUCCUGUACAGAAUCCAACAGCUAUCAAACCACAAUUGCAGUACAGUAAUUCAGGCGUGAAAGCUCUGAAAUUCAGCAAGGCCAGGCUUGAAUGUGUUUUCUCAGGAUAUGACCCAAACCCACCUCAUGUACCAGUUAUACAGUGGUUUGAGGAUACAGGAAAAGAAAUCUCUAGUUCCACGGAUAAGUUUACACUUUCUGAGGACAGACGUGCACUCACUAUCAACAAUCUGCAAGAGGAGGAUGAAAGGAACUACUAUUGUAUGGCCAGCAACUCAGCUGGCAAUUCAGGAAAAAUGGCAGUCUUUUUGGAUGUUACUUCUGCACCAAUUUUCCACAAUAAUGGUGCACCCAAGGACCAGACAGUGGUAGAAAAUGUGGAUGUGACCUUCAACUGUGAUGCAAGAUCAGCUUCUAAUGAAGAACCUCCAAACUCUCCUGUUUGGUAUAUAAAUGGUGUUAAAACUGGACAGCACACAGAUCCCACGAAGUUUCAGUUGUCCAAUGGAAACAAAACACUUACAGUCAUGAAAGUCAAGAAAGCAACUGAUAUUCUGUGUGUACAAUGUGAGGUCACAAACCAUGUGGACACCACCUGGGCCGACUCCUGUCUCACUGUGAUUCUGCCAAUCAGAAUUGAAAAAAGACCACCAGAAGAACAGGAAAUUGAUCAUGGUGACACACUUGACUUCACCAUCGUAGCCACCACCGAUCCUGCCAUGAGUCUCAACUACAGGUGGGAGUUCAAAAAUGUGACCUACUCUGGCAGUGAAUCUCCACCGUUUAUGGUGUAUGAUCCCACCACCUUGUUGGCCUACAUCAACACUAGCCUGCUGACUGAAGAACAAUAUGAGACUCUUGAAGGCACAUACAGGAGAACCAUUUAUCAUUCGUUUGAGACAGUAUAUGUGGACACAGUUGUCACACUCAAACAUAAACCAGGUAUGGCAUUUUGCAGAACAGAGCCCAGCCUUUACUCAGCUGGCAACAUUGCAUACACUUGUCACUAUUUUUUUGAAAUAUAA